GGAGUUUGCGCAUGCGUAUGACCUGAACGCUGAACUGAGAUUGAGGGAAUUUAGAGCUCGCUGACGAAGUGACAACACCUUGCUGACACAUGGCAAGGCGUGUGUGAGUAAAUAGCCGCGGAUCGGCCGAAAAGCCCGAACCAUUUAGUCGCUAUCACCAGACUGCAAUGUUGACGUUUUGUUCAAUACAUUUUGUUGGCCGUUUCGCAAACUGACGACGGGCUACAACGAGUCACAGGGAGCAACAUGAAAACUUGUCAGACGACCAGCUUCCAUAACUAGGAAACAGAAUAUGGACCAGGAAGGAAAAGCAAAAACUUCAAGAGGAUAUCUGGCUUCAAUCAUUUGGAAAAGCUGCCUGUUGGCUUGAUGAAAUACAGAUGGAUGGAUUGGCACUGCUUUGAUCAUUAAGUGGUAUUUUCCUUUGACAUACCAAGUUUGGUUACGAAUUUGUUGCGAGAACAGGGUUUUUGGGAAUAACCCCUAGCAGUGGCUGGUUGCGGUGCUAACGUUAGCAAGCAGUGCUAGUUUCGUAAAAAGUUAAUAAAGCGUCUCAAAAAGCAUCUUAAUCAAGAGACCAACUGUAGGUUGUUUUUUGACCGUUAUAUGUUACAGUGAAAUGCACUUUACAAAACAAAGUUGCGUUUAAAGCGACACAUUGGUUGUUGGAUAGCUAUCAAAGUAACAACGUUAAACCAAACUGUAUUUCACAUUUGGCCUGGAUUUCUUUCCCAUUCCAGUUCCAGUUGACAUUAGCUAGCUUGCUAAGUAUAUAUAGUUACAUUUGGCUUGGUUUGAUUUGCCCUCUGUUGAUAAGUUGUUGACAGCCUCGAUUUGUUGUAGCCUUGAGGGUAAAAGUGAAGAAUUCAGUUUGCUUUAGGAUGCUGAUUGAAUUGCUAGAAUAUUUUAGGGAGUCAGGCUUAACUAGGGAUGCACUUUGGUAGCUUGCCAACCAAUGUUUAGCCUGCUAGCUAACACUAGCUUGCUGGGGUGGUCUUGGUAAGAACAGGAUAGAGAUUCAUUCAUUGCACUAGGUUUGUAUUUAUGUGCUAACUUUUGUUAUCUAAUACGAGACAUAUCAUUUAACUGUUACCUCUCAAUGGUAAUUUGCAAGACUCGACGUUGUUCUGAUCUAGAUGAGCAAGAACGAACUGCAUGCGUUAGCUAAUAGUUAGCCUACUUGUUUACGAAAUAACGUUAGAAAAGUGACAGGGCCAUUUGCAAUGGCACGGAUUGAGAACGGUCGGCAGCAGGAGGACGCCGUGAGCAUUCACACUGUUGGGAGUCAGUUUGAUGAGGAGAGUUCUUUUGGUUCCGACUCCGAGAUCAACGGCUUCGCUUACACCCGACAGACGGAUAGAUAUGGAUUUAUUGGAGGCGCCCAGAAACACUCCGUCGAAAAUGCCAAGGAUGUACCACCUGAGGUGUUGAGACAGAGGGAGGUGAAGUGGCUGGACAUGUUGAAUCACUGGGACAAAUGGCUCUUCAAGAGACACAAGAAGGUGAGGCUACGCUGUCAGAAAGGCAUUCCCCCCUCGUUGCGUGGCAGGGCAUGGCUCUAUCUGUCGAGUGGCAAGGUGAAGAAGGAACAGAACAAGGGAAAGUUCAAGGAGCUGGACAGCAUGCAAGGAGACCCCAAGUGGUUGGAUGUCAUUGAGAGAGACUUACACAGACAGUUCCCCUUCCAUGAGAUGUUUGUGUCGCGAGGAGGUCAUGGGCAGCAGGACCUGUUGCGUGUGUUGAAGGCCUACACGCUGUACCGCCCUGAUGAGGGCUACUGUCAGGCUCAGGCCCCCAUCGCUGCUGUGCUGCUGAUGCACAUGCCAGCAGAGGAUGCAUUCUGGUGCCUGGUUCAGAUCUGUGAGAGGUACCUCCCCGGUUACUACAGUGCUGGACUGGAGGCGAUCCAGCUGGACGGUGAGAUCCUGUUUGCCCUGCUGAAGCGUGUGUGUCCCGUGGCCUACCGGCACCUGGACAAGCACAAGAUCGAGCCCAUCCUCUACAUGACCGAGUGGUUCAUGUGUGCCUUCUCAAGGACCCUGCCCUGGGCCUCUGUGCUCCGCGUCUGGGACAUGUUCCUGUGUGAUGGAGUGAAGAUCAUCUUCCGUGUGGGGCUGGCGUUGAUGCGCAGUAUGUUGGGCACCAAGGAGAAGCUGAAGGCGUGUCAGGGCCAGUACGAGACCAUGGAGCUGCUCCGAGCGCUGGAGCCACGAUACAUGCAGGAGGGAUACCUGGUGCAUCAGGUGUUGGAGCUGCCCGUGUCGGUGCGAGACGUGGAGCGUGAGAACCACGUGCAGCUGAAGCGCUGGCGCAAGAAGCACGGCGAGCUGAGCUACAAGUCCGCUCCCAGAAUGCACGGCGCCCUGGCCGUCAUGGCCGCCGAGCCCCACAGCCGCCAGGACCUCUACCAGAACCCCACCAUCGUGGUGCAGUCGCCCCUGGACCCCCAGGGCACGCCCCAGCUGAACCGCUCCAAGAAGAGGGGGACCCUUCGCAAGAACACCAAACCAAUCCAAACUAUUCUCAACCCCUACGCUCUCCCCACUGACCCUAAGGCCCCGGCCCCGGCCCCGGCCCCCCCUCCAGACACGGGGACCCAGCCUGCAGGGGCAGAAGAUGCCCUGCUUACUGACCACACUACCCCCCUCUUGGCCCCUGGCCCUGGCCCUGCCCCUGCCCCUGCCCCUGCCCCUGCCCGCUCCCCGUCUCCCUCAUCGCAGCCCCAACCUCACCCGCCCAUGUUCUACCAGCCGCCUCCGCAACAGCCAAUCAGCAGUCAGCCCUCGCCCGCACAGCAGCCAAUCGGCAGCCAUCAUUCGCCCCCACAGCAGCAGGCCAAUGGCCAGCCCUCAGUACAAGAGCAACAGCCCGUCAGUAAUCAGCCUCCACCCUCACAGCAGCCUAUCAGCAGUCCACCUUCACCUCCACAGCAGCCAAUCACCAGCCAGCCUCAGCGGCAGCACCCACCCAUGUUUUACCAGCCUCCACAGCAGCCAAUGACAGAGAGCCUGCCGACGCAGUCGCCGCCCCCAGCACCCAGCCAGACCCCCCCUCCACCACAGCAGCCAAUGACAGAGAGCCUGCCGACGCAGUCGCCGCCCCCAACACCCAGCCAGACCCCACCUCCACCACAGCAGCCAAUAACAGAGAGCCUGCCAACGCAGUCGCCGCCCCCAACACCCAGCCAGACCCCACCUCCACCACAGCAGCCAAUAACAGAGAGCCUGGCACCACAAGAACCAAUCAGCGAGCCCGUGCCGGAUCUGCCCGCCUCUGAUCUUCCCUCAUCUUCUGACAGCCCCCCUCAGAUGAGCCCUGACCCUCAACCCCCAAGUGGAGGAGACCCUGCCCCUCCCUCCCCCUCAGACACGCCUGUUCCCGAGUGCCCCCCCAGCCCCUCAGACUGUGCUCCGCUGGGGGAGACCCAGGACCCCCUCCCCCCAGGAGACACACCACCCCUGGACUGCACCCCCAGCACCCAGCCCCCGGGCUCACUGCACGCCUCGCACGAGAGUGUGGAGUCAGAGGACACCUACCUGUAGACACACACACACACACACACA